UGGCUGUGUGCGUCAUUUCCGGCGGCGCGGUCGCCGAGUGGCCAACGGAGUGCCAACGGCCUGCAGAACAACGAUGCCGAAGUUUUAUUGUGACUACUGCGACACAUACCUCACCCACGACUCCCCAUCUGUGAGAAAGACACACUGCAGUGGCAGGAAACACAAAGAGAAUGUGAAGGACUACUAUCAGAAAUGGAUGGAAGAGCAGGCUCAGAGCCUGAUUGACAAAACAACUGCAGCAUUUCAGCAAGGAAAAAUACCUCCUACUCCAUUCUCAGCUCCACCUCCUGCAGGGGCGAUGAUCCCACCUCCCCCCAGUCUUCCGGGUCCACCUCGCCCUGGUAUGAUGCCAGCACCCCAUAUGGGGGGCCCUCCCAUGAUGCCAAUGAUGGGUCCUCCUCCUCCUGGGAUGAUGCCAGUGGGACCUGCUCCUGGAAUGAGGCCGCCUAUGGGAGGGCACAUGCCAAUGAUGCCUGGGCCCCCAAUGAUGAGACCUCCUGCCCGUCCUAUGAUGGUGCCCACUCGGCCCGGAAUGACUCGACCAGACAGAUAAGGAGAAAGGGGAGCCUCUUUCUAUCAGGCUUCUGUUACUUGUUCUACUUCACAGGAGAUCGAGGUGCUGUGACCCUGGGUGUUUUCUAACAGCAGACAAGGAAGACUCACUCCCUCUUCCUGUCUAAGAGAGAAUAGUGUUUGCGGGGAGUAGUGGGACAAAAAAAAGCAAUUUUCAUUUGUAUUGUGAAAUGGGAAAAUAAAAUUGUCAACUCUU